AUGUCCGUGAUCUGCAUUGGGCCCGUGUGCAUCCCGAUCUACUCGCUGCUGCCGUUCUUGCUGCUCUUCCUGCAGCGGUGCUGGGGCUGGCUCACCGGGAAGGCCAAGGUCGAGGACGAAGCUCCCGCGACCGACGGCGCCGGCGCGACCGCGGCCGAUGGCUCAUCCACGCUGCGUCAGCGCAAGGCGGGCCGUCCAACGUGA